AGCAUCUUCUGCAUCCCUGCGCGGAGGAGGAGGGGGAUCGGCCGUGACGACGAGGUCGACGACGACGACGCGAUGGCAAUGCCGUCGGGGCGAAGCCCGCAGAUGCUCUACACGAUCGAGCAAGUCGAGCUGCUACGCAGGCUGCGAAACAGCGGCAUGUCCAAGGAGCAGAUCUGCCAGGCGUUCGACGCGAUGGACCGGCUGGACCGAGAGUUCCCGGCCGUCUACAGCAAUGCGCUGACUCUCACGCCCUGCGCGCAGCAGCAGCAGCAGCAGCAGCAGCAGCAGCAGCAGCAGCAGCAGCCUCCGCCGCCGCCCCCGCCCCAGCAGCAGUUCAGCAGCUGCAACGGAUACGCGAGCAUCAACAGCCCACGCAGCUUCGCUUCGAAUCUGAACGAUACGCGCAGCGAGGACAGCAAUGAUUACGUUGAUUCGAACAUGGCCAGCCCUGACGUCGUGCACGUGAACGGCGGCGCGGGCGGUGUAGGGGGCGCCGGUGGACAGAAUGGCGAGCGUGCGAUGCCGGUACAGUAUGAGGACAGCACCCUACAAGUCGAGGUCGAUGACUUUAUCAAGGAGGUGCAGUCUUGGCCUGUUGGCGCGCGUAAGCAAGGAAUACUCACUUACCUCUUCACAUUGUUGCUGUCCUGA